AUGAAAGAUGUUCGCAAACUUGCCUAUGACCUGGCGGAGAAGAACAAGCUACCUCACGACUUCAGCCACAAACGCCAAAUGGCUGGCAGGUACUGGCUUCAAGGAUUUCUCAGGCGAAAUCCAACCAUAUCAUUCCGGAAGCCGGAAGCAACAUCCAUCGCUCGAGCUAGAGGGUUUAACAACCCCUCUGUGAAUAACUUCUACGACCUGCUGCAGAAAACUUUAGACGCCAAGCAUUACCCCCCGAAUCGCAUUUUCAAUGCGGAUGAAACUGGAGUCAAUACGGUCCCUCCGAAGAAGCUGAAAAUCGUGGCCAGGAAAGGGAAAAGGCAGGUUGGAUCGAUUACUUCUGCUGAGCGAGGAGUGCAGACAACAAUCGUGAUGUGUAUGUCCGCAACCGGGCAACAUUUGCCACCCUACGUGAUCUUCCCUCGGGUGCGCAUGCACGAUUCGUUGAAAAAAGUUGCACCGAACGGAACCAAGUUUAAUUGUAAUCCUUCCGGUUACAUGACCAGCGAGAUCUUCCCAGACUGGUUUGAUCAUUUCAUUGAAAAUACCAACCCGUCAGAAACCAACCCGGCCUUGCUGAUUAUUGAUGGGCACAGCUCUCACAAGGGUUUGGCGUUUGGUGAAAAAGCUCUGGCCAAUUUCGUUGACGUUAUUGUGUUGCCCCCACAUUGCAGCCAUAAAAUGUAG